AUGAUCAAUCUUCCAAAUGAGGAAAUUCGACCUGUUUAUGAAUAUUCGGCAAUUCAAUGGAAAGGUCAAGAAUCGGAAUAUAGGAAAAAUCUCAAGCUUCUCAAACUCAUUGAUUUUUCAAGCAAUAGUUUGACCGGAAACAUUCCCAAAUCAUUUUCCAGUAUGCUUGGAUUAAUUUCCUUGAACCUAUCAAGAAAUAGUUUGACAGGAAAUAUAAUUCGAGAUAUUGGUGAGAUGGAAAUGUUAGAAUGUCUUGACCUAUCACACAACCAAUUUUCCGGUGAAUUACCCACAAGCCUGGCACAGUUACAGUACUUGGCUGUUCUCGACUUGUCGAACAACGACUUAAUUGGUAAAAUUCCAACGAGUACUCAACUUCAGAGCUUCAACGCAUCUGCUUAUGAUGAGAAUGACGGACUCUGUGGGCCCCCUCUGGCAUCGUGCCCCGAAGAUAGCUUGAGGCCAUCCACCACUAAUCCGAAUGAGAAAGACGACAACAGCCUCUCUUUUAUGCAAGAAGUCUGCAUAUCAUUGGGCUUUGGUUUUAUAUUUGGAUUUUGGGGAGUUGUUGGAACUUUCAUACUGAAGAAAUCAUGGAGAAUUGCAUACUUCAAUUUCUGGGAUGCUGUUGGAGAUUGGUUCUACGUCAGGAUUGCUGUAGGCGGACAAGCUCGUGGAUACAUGAAGAAAUGUGGAAGAAGUGUUGCUAGAGAUGGUGCAGAAGUGAGAUGCAUAGAGAGGGAGAGAGAAGCUCUUCUGAGCUUCAAGAACAGCCUCAUCGGUGAUGAUGGUAUUCUCUCGUCAUGGCGAAGUGACAGAAUGCUGCGAAUGAUAGGGAACCUUACUAACCUGCGCUCACUUGGUCUCUCUCGCAACUCUUUGAGGAGUGAGAAUCUCGAUUGGCUUUCAAAUCUCUCUUUGUUGUCUUUUCUUGAUUUGAGUCAAAUCGACUUAAGUCACACCAAUUGGCUGCAGCAUAUCCCAAGUCUUCAUUCCCUAUAUGAAUUGCACUUGAAAUCUUGUGGCCUCAAGGAUAAUAAACCUUCUUCUAGUUCUUCUUCCACAUCUCUUCUUUCUAUCCUUGAUCUGUCAAAUAAUAGCCUCACUUCUUCCUCAUUCGAUUGGUUAUCAAACAUAAGUACAAGUCUAGUGGAAAUAGACCUGUCACAAAAUGCUUUAGGUGGCCUAAUUCCUAAUGCAUUUUUAGAGAGUUUGGUUCUUAUUGAGCAUCUUGAUCUUUCUAGUAACAUGCUUCAAGGUCAAGUCCCAAAAUCUUUGUCCAAUCUCAGUCGUCUGCGCGUCUUAGUCCUUUAUGAAAAUGACUAUAGAGGAGACUUUGAUGAGUUGUUUGGAAAUAUAUCCGCCAAAGGAAUAUUGGAAUCACUUCAAAUUCUAGACUUGGCUAAGAAUCAACUGAAUGGUUCAGUGCCAGACUUGAGAGCACUUUCGGCAUUGACAGAAGUGUACCUUGGGGAUAACAACUUCACAGGCUCCAUGCCUCUAAGUAUUGGCCAACUCUCCGAGCUUCAUAUUCUAGAUCUUUCUAGAAAUUCUUUAGAGGGUUCAGUCUCUGAAUCCCAUCUCAUCAAGCUCGACAAGUUGAAGACACUAGAUUUAUCCUUCAAUUCAUUGAUCUUGGAUAUUGCCCCCGACUGGAAUCCACCUUUUCAGUUGGAAGGUAUAUUUUUAGCCGGAUGCAAUGUGGGCCCAUCUUUCCCAAAAUGGAUCCAAACUCAGAGGAAUUUUACAGGCCUUGAUCUCUCUAGAGGUGGCAUAAGAGAUGAAGCCCCAACAUGGUUGUGGACUAUAUCCCCUUCAUUAGAGGCCUUAUAUCUUUCUGACAAUCAAAUUACUGGAUAUGUUCCUAAUCUCUCAUCCACUUCCAUGAGACACUUAGAUCUUAGCAACAAUAGAUUCUCAGGUCCUAUUCCAUUAUUUUAUGCCAAUGCUCGUAUUAUUCAGUUGAAUGGAAAUAUGUUCUCUGGUUCAAUUUCAUCUAUCUGCGAAAUUCCCCAAUAUCAACUUGUGAGCCUUGACCUCUCCAAUAAUAAGUUGGCAGGAGAGAUUCCCAACUGUUGGGAGAAAAUGCCAUACUUGUUCUCUCUCAAUUUGGCUGACAACAGAUUUUCGGGUGAAAUUGCUCGCUCUUUGGGCUCUUUGCUUGUUCUCCAUGCACUGCAGUUGCGUGGUAAUAAUUUAUCUGGAGAGUUGCCUUCCACUUUGAGACUUUGCCAGUAUUUGAGGUUAGUUGAUGUUGGAGGGAAUGCGUUAACCGGAGAGAUCCCCAAUUGGAUUGGCGAGUUGUAUAACAUGCGAUAUCUAAACCUUCGCUGGAAUAAAUUUCUGUUAGUCAAAAAGCAGCUCCCACAAUUGUCAAAAAGUUGCGGCAAGCCAUUCAACAAUGGCAACAUUUCUUUUCACACUGCAGCCACCUACCACCUCAAUUCCCUAUAA